CCUGCUCAAAAUUCUUAUAUUUCUUUCCAAUUCUCCUCUACCUUCACUCCGAGAUCGUUGAAUGCAUCACCACUUUUACAAUUUCAAUUUUCCAUCUCUCUGCUUUUUAUUUCCAUCUUAAAUGGCCUAUUCUCCGCGGAUCUUCCUUUCUCCGCAUUUUAUUGAUAGCACUGAUUGAGGAUUAUAUUGAUAUAUGCAAAUGCAGUUGAUUUUGUUUUUGUGAUUUUCUUUGGUCUAUGAAUUCAUUUCUCUCAUUACUUUGAUCUAGCUAGUUUUAUUUAUGAUUUACAAUCAGAUCAAUAGAUUUUUUGUGAUUCGAAUGAAAGAAAGCUAAUAUACCUAUGAAUUCACAUCAUUUCCAUCAAAAUAAUUACUCCUCUUUAUAGUAAUAGGAAGAUAUCACAGAAUGUUGAAUGAAUUGUUUUUUUGUUGUGGAUAAGUGAUUAUGCAUAGCUAGGUUUAAUUUUAUCCAAGUAGAAGAAAUAGUGAUUUGGUGUGCAUUUUCAGCAACUGGAGGUUUUAUUCCUUAUAUCGAUUUGAUUUUCGUAGACAUGGAUCCACCAACUGAUGAUAUCGAGCUUAAACCCGAGACACUUGAAGAAGAAAUAGAGGGUGGACCUUUGUUUCAUUGUGAUUUUUGCGAUGCUGACGUUGUUGAUAAAGUAGCUCAGUCAUUUCUGCCUGGUUUGGCUUCGGCAUGUGUUGACAACACAACCGGAGGUCUCUUUAAGACCCCUGCAAAUGUGGCUGUUGAAAUCAGGAAAGAAAUGGUCGAGAAUCUUGUCCAACGAAGUGAAAAUUUUGUGGCUGAAUCGGUUGUUUUAGAAGGCGUUGGGGAUGUGGAAGUAUCAGCAGACUCGUACGAUAUUAUAUCUGAUUUUGUUGAUGAUUUUGUGCAUUCGAAAAGAAAUUUCUUCAGUCGAGUUUCGGGAUGGAUACUGAGCGAGAAAAGAGAAGACUGGAUAGAUGAUCUCGUACAGGAGAUGGAAAUAAAUGGAUUUUGGUUGCUGAACCGGAGGAGCACAGUUGCGCAGACGCUCUUGAAAAAUCUCGAUUUCAGAAACACAUAUCAUUGCAACAUGAAUUUCAAGUCCCCGGGAGAUUUAGAAAAGCACAAGCUGAGCUGCGGUUUUAGGACAUUGUCCUGCGGUAAUGAGGGAUGCGAUUCUUCAUUUAGUGCGGCUCAGAUGGAGCAUCAUGAUUCUACGUGUGCUUUUAAAAUGCUUUCGUGCGAGCAGAAGUGCGCGGACAUCAUAAUGAGACGCGAGAUGGACAGACAUUGCAUCACUACAUGUCCAAUGAAGCUUGUCAAAUGCCCUUUUCAGUCAGUAGGAUGUCAAUCCACUGUUCCUCAACGUACAAUCGAGCAGCACAGGUCGGAUAAUAUCCCUAGCCGCCUGCUUUAUAUCCUCCAGGUUUCUCACAAGGGAGAAUCACUAGAAGCUCUGAAACAAAGGGUACAAGAACUGGAAAAGGUAGCAUCUCCCGGACGAUUAGCAUCAGCGCGUGAUGCUAGAUCUAUGGCGUAUGUGGUUAAGGAUCUUGAAGCAAAACUUGGGCCUAUAAAGGUGCAUACAGAGAAGAAAAGUGAUGAAGAUGUUAAAGAUUUGAUUGAUCUAAGGGAGGAGAAGACAAACAUAGAGGCUAAACAAGUAAGGUUUGAUGCUGAAAAGGAAGCAAUUGGUAUUUCUGAGUCAUCCCGCACCCCCAAUGAAUCAUUCAACUAGUAUCAAGAAUAGGUCACCUCGUGGGGAAUAAGGGAAGUAGGAAAAAAAGCUAUGUGAUAUACAUGUAUAUAUAGUAGCAUUAUAAUAAAACUAAUUUUCAAUCCAUAACACAAAAACAUAACUUUACCAACCAUUUUGUGUUGAUAAAUUUAACAAACAAAAUUGAAAGAAUUUUGGGUUAUGGUUGGAAAUUAGUUAGUAUUUGAUUACAACCCUACAUAAAAACUAAACUUUAAUUGAGAUUA